UUCGUGCCUCGGUUUACUUCAGUUGUUUCUCAUGCCGAUCACCUGUUUUCCUUAACUGGCUACCUGCUGCUUCGUAAACCAGUUUUUCUAUUCACUCUUCUUUCCUGGACUGAUGAUAUGCGGAGUUUUGUGUGUAUGUUUGGUCAUUGGCCUUUGGGUUAUCAGGUGGCAUCUACAGAGAAAGAAGAAGUCUGUGUCGACCAGCAAAAAUGGAAAAGAACAAAUGGUGGUUGCAUUUUUCCAUCCAUACUGUAAUGCAGGCGGCGGAGGAGAGAGAGUUCUGUGGUGUGCUUUGAGAGCCUUGCAGAAAAAGUAUCCUGAAGCAGUUUAUGUUGUGUAUACUGGUGACAUUAAUGUCAGUGGUCAACAGAUACUAGACGGUGCUUUCAGAAGGUUUAACAUCAAGUUGGUUCACCCAGUGCAGUUUGUUUUCUUAAGGAAACGCUACCUUGUGGAAGAUUCCCGGUAUCCUCACUUCACAUUGCUAGGCCAAAGUCUUGGAUCCAUUCUUCUCGGCUGGGAAGCUCUGAUGCAGCGCGUUCCUGAUGUUUACAUCGACUCAAUGGGAUACGCCUUCACACUCCCUCUGUUUAAGUAUGUGGGAGGUUGCCGAGUGGGAAGCUAUGUUCACUAUCCCACGAUCAGCACUGACAUGCUGUCUGUGGUGAAGAAUCAGAAUCCUGGAUUUAAUAACGCUGCUUUCAUUAGCAGAAAUGCUCUCCUCAGCAAAGCAAAGCUCAUCUAUUACUAUGUAUUUGCUUUUGUGUAUGGCCUUGUUGGGUCUUGCAGUGACAUAGUCAUGGUUAAUUCUUCGUGGACACUAAACCACAUCCUCUCACUGUGGAAGGUUGGGCAUUGCACUCACAUUGUUUAUCCACCUUGUGAUGUGCAGACAUUUCUGGACAUCCCCUUACAUGAGAAGAAGGUGAGCCCAGGGCAUUUGCUGGUUUCCAUUGGCCAGUUCAGACCUGAAAAGAAUCAUGCUUUGCAGAUCAAAGCCUUUGCUAAAUUGCUAAAUGAGAAAGCAGCUGAGUCAGGCCAUUCUCUUAAACUUGUCCUUAUUGGAGGGUGUCGCAACAAAGAUGAUGAGUUUAGAGUAAACCAACUGAGAAGUCUAUCUGAGAAUUUGGGAGUUCAAGAAAAUGUGGAAUUUAAAAUAAACAUUUCAUUUGAUGAAUUGAAGAAUUACUUGUCUGAAGCGACCAUCGGUCUGCAUACUAUGUGGAAUGAGCAUUUUGGGAUUGGAGUUGUCGAGUGUAUGGCAGCUGGCACANUUAUCCUUGCGCACAACUCAGGAGGCCCAAAGCUGGACAUUGUCAUUCCUCAUGAAGGACAGAUAACUGGCUUUCUGGCUGAGAGUGAAGAAGGCUAUGCUGACUCUAUGGCUCACAUUCUUUCUCUGUCUGCAGAAGAGAGACUCCAAAUCAGGAAGAAUGCUAGAGCGUCUAUAAGCAGAUUCUCCGACCAGGAGUUUGAAGUAGCAUUCCUGGGUUCCAUGGAGAAGUUACUUACUUAGUGCUCAGUCUGCACAGUCCAGGUAUUUUAUACAGCAUGGAGCUGGAGCUAUAGGUCGUGAGAGAGCCUGUGCUUCGUGUGUGCGAGUCCCGAGCUCCAUCUCCAGCACCAAAAGUAAAAGGAAACACCUUCACCUGUAAAUAUUUCCUAAAUUUAUUCUUUAUCGUAAUAAAAGCGGCCUGAGCAACAGUCUCAGCAGUAGGUAUAUAGGCAAGGCAGUAGUUAACAAAAGGCAGAAUUAAUCUUUAUGGAAAAAGUAAUCUCGCGUAGCUUUUUCUUUUUCUUUUUGAGACAGGGUUUCUCUGUGUAGCCCUGGCUGUUCUAGAACUCACUCUGUAGACCAGGCUGGCCUUGAACUCAUAGAGAUCCGCCCGCCUCUGUCUCCCGAGUGCUGGGACUAAAGGCGUGCCACCACACCCAGCUUCAUGUAGCUCAAUGUACAGAUUUUUACUAACUGUUUGCUCUCAAAGUCUGAGCAGUACAGAUUUCAAAGAAAAAAAUUACCAGUCAAAUUUCCAUAUACUCAUACAUCUUUUAAUCUUUUCCUUUCCUUGUCCUAAUCCCUGAGUGUUCCUGCCUCCACCUCCCAGAAUGCACCAGUGUGUGCAGUGCUGGUGAUGGAAUCCAGGGCCUCCUGCAGUCUAGACAAGCACUAGCACUCUGCCAACUGAGCCGNAUCCUAAGCCCCAAACCCUGCUUUUCAAGUCACUUCUGCUUGCGAGAACAUAAAAUAAUAUUUCCUGGGGUUUUUAAUCUGUUCUGUGAUGCUGGAGCACCAUGUAGAGCCUCAGAGUGUGAGGAAGAGCAGGGACCUGUACGCUGCCACCACAGAGUGUACUGAGCUGAUCUCAAAGACUGCCUUCCAAAGGGAAGGGGGGUGCUGAAAGAAACCGCAGGCUAUCAGCUGGCACUCUCAAAAUGCAUUCCUAAAUUUUGGAUUAAAUUCUGUUUGAGGGGUGGGUUUAGGGUUAGAGAUUGAACCUAGAGCCAUGCUCAUGGUACACAAGUGUUCUAACCCCUGAGCUACUUUACCUCAACUCCAGGAGUGCCGAAAUAACAGUGUGGGUGACCCUUUUAAGUACACCUAUUAAUUUCCUUAAAAGGAAGAAGAAACUUCAAACAGGCAUCUCGAAUCCUACACCUAAAGUAUCAGUUAGGAGAUGGGGUGGACUCAUUUCUUCAUGGGUGUGUACAAAUAUGUUAAAGUCAAAACAGGCAGCCAUCUUUCCCAUAACUAGGUUUGUAUGGAAAUUGGAGUUUGUAUGGGUUUCUCAUCUCUUUAACAGUCCCAUUUAAGGCUAAAAGUCAGCCUCAGUUCAUUCAAGAGAAUAUCAAGCUAAGUUGCUUUUCUGAAACGGACCAUGUAUUUAUAAUGUAUAUACAUAUAUAUUUCUGUGUAUAAAUACGCAUACAUAGUUUUAAUGAACUUUUCUCUCUCUUCUGGACUGACAUAUGAGCCAAAGACCACCUAACAGAAAACCCAACCCCAGACACGAGACGCUUCCUUUUUUAUUGCCCAGGGUUGUCCUAGAGACUCCCCAAAGCAUACAGCCUAUUGCUUUUGCCCUUGGUUACGCCUAGAGGUGGAAGGUAAAUCCCAACUGCUGAAGACACAAUGAACUGACCUGAAAGUGCACAGAGAGAGAGAGAGAGAGAGAGUUGUUGCUGCUGUCCCAGGACUGGCUUUCAUGGUAUGAAGGUGCCAGGCAAGCUUCCAAAGGGGAAGGGCAACCAACAGGCCGACCCAGCUAUCCCACCUAUAAACCACAUCGAAAACUAGCAUGGCACGCACACUUGACAAUAACCAACAGCUCUUAAAUUGGACACAGCCUGCUCAACUAGGAGAACCUAGCUAACUAUUCGGCACUAGAGAACAGCCACUGUUUACAAAACCAGCAUAAUUCCUAACAACAAUCUAUAAACAUUUGUCUAGACUCUUAAACUAUACAGUUCUUCAAGUAUAGCCUACAAACUAAUGCCAACUUACACAUUUUCUCUCUUUAAAUGAAUAUGCAUUUCACUGAGGACUCUUUCCUAGACCCCUAGAGAUCUCACUGUGAGUGAGGCAGAUACAGUCUUAACACGUGAUGAUAUAGAGGUCUGUUGGCUGUUUACCAAUUUAAUUUAAUUUAGCACUACAAAAACAAUUUUUUUUUAAAUCGUAACCACUAGUAGUAAAGGUUUUCUGUACUCCCAUUAUUACAGAUAGAUGUGAUUACAACUCUGUAGUUUCUUGGUUUCUUAGUAGCUGAAAAUCAGUAUAAAUUUCACCUGGUCUCUAUUCUGCGUAACUGGCAGGUGUGUGGGGGCUGAGGCUGUGACUCUGUAAGAAGCUGGCUGUAACAUGUGAGCAAGCUUGAGCCACAGCACAGCAACAAGUGAUUAUGUACAGAUGGGACUGUAAAGGCAGCAUUCACCAUUCUGUACAUACAUAGUUCCUUCUAGUUAAAUGAAUUACCCACACAGUUUGGCAUUGGUGUUAGAGCAUACAAAAGAGGCACACUGUCUCUUCCAGCUGGUUGGUUGGUUUGAUUGUUGGUUGGUUUUGCUUUGUUUGGAUCUCCCUAGCUUCUUUAUCUAUUCCCAAUUACAUUGUUGAUUCACUACUGUGGAAACUCAGCAAAUCAUCAGGUGGGGUUGGAGAUAAUUCAGUCUACAAAGAUUUCAGAGACUGGAGGUGGACGGGACCUUCCACAAUCUCUAUUUUGUUUUCAACUUUACAGACCAAAACAAUUUAAAAGAACUGAGUUGACAAAACUGGUUAAUGACAGAAUCAGGAUUCUGGCCUGGUCUUGGCCCACUCUGUUAAGGCCAGUCUUUGAGGUAAAAUUUGUCUGUAGCCCACACAGCCUACACAAAGUAAUAGGACUUUAAAGUAAUUCUAGAAGUUAGAAUGAACAUAGAUUGGGAAUGUGGUAAAAGAAACGAUUCUCAAUUUCUUAAAAAACACGUUUUCACUAACUUUUCAACGUUAUUUUAAUGGGUUAGAAGCAUAUGAUUGAUUUACAGCAUUCCUAAUCAUGUUUUACAGAGGUUUACUUUUUACUAGAUUUCAGGUGGGUACUGUGUGAAACAGUGAGACUCAUUUUUAUCUGUUUCUGUGAGUCUUCUCAGUGGUUGUUAAGUCCACUACAACUAUGAUUUUCCUCCUCGGUGGUCCAAGCAUUCAGUUUUGAGUCCACAACAGCGGAUGUUCAAAUUCCUGUUUACAUUGAUACCGCAACUGUGAAGUAUCCAUUACCUAGUCUUUGUAUAAUAUAUUUAUAUCUCAUUGUGAUGUAGAGCUGUUGAUACAAAAUUGUAUCUAAAUGUGUCAGGUGGUUUCGUUCAUUCAAUUAAAAUGUUUUUACAUCAUCUUUCCCUUUCCUCCUUACCUUCCCACCUUUCUACCUCUGGAGUUCAUGGUCUCUUUUCCUUGAAUGAUUAUUGCUACAUAUGUAUGCAAAUAAAUGUAUAAAUGCAA